CGCGUUUGCGCUUGUGAGCGAGAAACGGCCACGCUUCAUCUUCUCCAAACUCCCUCUCUACAAAUUCAUUCAGAAUGGGCCUGUUCCAAUGUGACUGAAGCUACCAGAGGCGCACACAGAGAGAGAGAGAGAGAGUGAAAGCGAUUUCAAUUUGGAUUUUCUGUUUCAUUGAAGGUUGAUUAAGAUGAGUAUCAAUGGCAAUUCAGUUACAGAUGCAACGGUUGUGAUCAGAGAUCUGAGAUUCACAUACCCUGGCAUCGACGGCCAUCCACCGCCGGGUUCAACUCCGCUCAUUCAAGACUUCUGCCUCACUCUCCAUUCCGGCGAUCGCUGCCUUCUCGUCGGAUCCAAUGGCGCUGGGAAGACGACGAUCCUGAAGAUAUUGGGAGGGAAACACAUGGUGGAGCCGGAAAUGGUUCGUGUGCUCGGAAGAUCGGCUUUUCACGAUACCGGUUUGUCGUCUUCUGGUGAUCUCUGUUAUCUUGGUGGUGAGUGGAGGCGGGAUGUUGCUUUUGCAGGUUUUGGGGUUUCGAUUCAAAUGGACAUUUCUGCAGAGAAAAUGAUAUUUGGUGUAGGUGGGAUUAACCCAGAAAGAAGAGCGGAGCUAAUUAAGGUAUUAGGUAUCGAUCUUUCCUGGAGAUUGCAUAAAGUAUCUGAUGGUCAAAGAAGAAGAGUGCAAAUUUGUAUGGGUCUACUUAAACCAUUCAAGGUUCUUCUUCUGGAUGAGAUAACAGUUGACCUUGAUGUUCUAGCGAGAGCUGAUCUUCUGAGUUUUCUAAAAAAGGAAUGUGACGAGAGGGGUGCCACUAUUAUCUAUGCAACUCACAUAUUUGACGGUCUUGAAGAUUGGCCCACACAUAUGGUUUAUGUAGCCCACGGAAAGCUCCAACUAGCUAUGCCUAUGGACAAAGUCAAAGAAAAUAGCAAAUUGUCACUGAUGAGAACAGUAGAAAGUUGGCUGAGGAAAGAACGAGAUGAAGAUAGAAGAAAAAGAAAAGAGAGGAAGGAUGCUGGCCUUCCUGAAUUUGAAAAGCAAGUUGAGGGAAGCCGUGUAGCAGGAGGGGAUCCAGGGCGUGCUGCUGUUCGAGCAGUGAAUAAUGGCUGGGCAGCAGGACGAUUGCAUUCCACCAUUGCUGGUGAAGAAAACUUUCUACUAAGCUCUAACCGAGUAUUGAGAUAGUAGACAAGUAUCAAAUUUUACCAGUGCUUUUGUUGUUUAUUUUUAUGAGCUUAAAAUAAAUUUUAUUUGCCAAUGCGUAAUUAUAUUCCUCUGUAAUAUGGAAAGGAUCACAUGUUAUGCAGUAAAAAUCAAAGCUAAUGUAUUUACCCUUGAUA